GUUCACGUCUCCAGAUUAUCAACCAGGAGGAUAAUUAAAAUCGAGAUAUUGAACAAUUCAUUGGGAAGUGCGGAGAUUCACUUGUUGUCUUUACAUUUACAGAUGAGUGCAGAUUUCGAGACAGGCUAUAUGUUUGGUAUUAGGGAUGCGUGGGUCUCUGCAGUCGCAAAGCAUAAUAAUGCAGUUAGAGCUUAUGAAAAAAACUUAGUUAGAUCUCAACGUUCAAUUGCCAGAAUUACAGAUCUGCUGGAGGAGAGUUUUACUUCGCUUUCCCUUAGUGUAAAUUCUGAAGGAAAUGAAGAGGCCUCUACAAAUACGUGUCAAACAGAAAUAAAUUAUACUCCAGCAGAAAUAUACCCUUCGACAGCAUGUAUGGGUUACUAUGGGUUUUCGCGGAGACAAGCUAAUCAGGAUUUACUCAAUGAUAUCAUCAAUAACAUCAUCAGUAUUCGAAUCGAAGUAAUGAACCUGCGAUGCCAGAAAUUAGGAUCUGUCUUGCGUCCAUCGGAUAGCUUGAUAAAUGAAAUUGAAGAAAUCGAAACUCGAGCUUUGACUUUGAUGACUUCGCCAUCUUCUAUUUUCGAUGAUUGUGACGGAGCAAUGGAUUAUCAAAUGGAAUUAAUCAUGAAAAAACUAGAACUUCAAGCUAAAGAAUGUCUCCUAGCUUGCAAAACUCUUGCUUCCACAGGUACUCCAAAAACGAAGCAACUGCAGUCAACGAUAAGUGUUACAUCAGAUGUGUCAUUGUCUGAGAAUGAUUCUGUGUUCCCAACUUUUGAAAAGGCCCGUGCACUGCUUGAAAAUUACACAAAUAUACUUUAUCCGUCAUUAUGGGAUUCAAAAUUCAAAAUGGAUGCCUUAAAAAUAAAACAGGAUAUUACCUGUGCAUGCAGUCAAAUCAGUUCACAUGACCCGCUUCAUUGUAUUGGUAGAUUAGAGUGUCUAUUAAAUAUUUUUAGACGUACCACUAUCACUGAUUGCUCAAAACAAACAAAUUUUGAGAAAUUACGAAACACCAACCAGUUGAUCGACAAUUUUUGCAUGGCAAUGUCUCUAUUCUUCCUCCAUUUCUCAAGCAGAAAAGCAAUUCGCGUAUAACAUUGACAUAACGUUGGUAUAUGCUUCUCUUCUUUCUGGGAUUUUCUCACUGUUUCCCGAUAAGCUGUUUGAAUUCUUCGGUCGAAUAUUCCUUGCUUGUCCGGCAUUGGGAUUAUUUUCUGACCCAAGUGGUCUUAACUUAAUCGAAGAAAUGUUUUCAACCACUGAUAUUCUGUCUAAUUGGCGUGGAAUAGCUCGUUUGUUUACCGCACUUUUAUUGGCACAUCCACCUCCACAUCUUGGGGUUUCUCGACACAAACUUCUUAAUCCUUCACUCCUUUGGCGAGUAAUAACAGGGAUAGUAAAUCAAGAAUUUAUUCCUUGUGCAACUGCUGAAGUUUUACACGGGAUAUUAGAACUUGGAGGCUUUGUAUUUGUAAAUCUCUACGGUAAUCAAGCAAAACGUCUUUUCAUACCAUCGGUAUGAUUGUUAAUAAAUCACCUGUACUACGCCAAUCACUACCAGAAAUACAAUUAUUGUCGUUGCUUGAAAAGUAUGAGAGUAUCGAUAAAAUUCCAGAUCGAAUCGGUUUUAUUGAUAAGAGUUUUUGGGAUUCUGUGUGAUGUUCACUUGUAUAUAAAAAUCAUAUUUAUUUUUAUAAUUCGAGAUUUGUAUAUAUUUACUUUUGUAAAUAAAAAUACACUUUUAAAAUAUAGUAUCCUGUCACACUAUUCCGAUUCAUUAUGUAUUUAUAGAGAUUUGUUAUGUUGUGUAUUUCAUUUUGACAUGAAACAUACUUAUGUAACUUUUCUUUGGUUAUUAAAACUGGAUUGAAUCUAAA